AUGUCGGCAGCUUUCAACAACGCAUCACAGUCAACAAAACUGGUCGUCGUGGCUGCUGCCGCCUCGGUCGCCACAGCCGCAAUCCUCCUCGGAUACCAAGGAUCACAGCGCAAACAGCGUACAAGGAGCCUUAAGGACGAUAUCAAGCGAUCCGCCACUGCCGCUGAUAUCAAAGCCCAGGCUCAGGCGGCCAACUCUCAAUCGGUAUCACAAGCCCAGGCAACAGCAGCCGCUCCACCUCACAUUGACGAGAAGGUCGAGUUUGAUGAAGAGUUGGUUCUGGAGCAAUUGGCCCGUAAUAUUGCCUUCCUAGGAGAAGAAGGUGUCCAGAAGCUCAGAAACUCUUUUGUUGUCGUCGUCGGAGCAGGCGGCAUAGGAAGUUGGGCAGCGAGCAUGCUGAUCAAGAGUGGAGUCGGCAAGAUCCGGAUUAUUGACUAUGACCAGGUUUCGUUGCCAGGAUUGAACCAGCACGCGACAGCUACCAGGAACGAUGUCGGCACACCCAAGGCAAUUGCGAUGAAGCAAGCAUUCAGAACUAUCGCACCCUGGGUCCAUGUCGACGCCAAAGUUGAGCGUCUUCAGGGGGACUCUGCCGCGUUCCUUCUUUCAGGCAACCCUGACUAUGUGGUGGACUGCAUUGGAGACCUUUCGAGCAAGCUGGAUUUGCUCAAGUACUGCUUCGACAACAAGAUUCCCGUCAUGAGUUCCAUGGGUGCUGGAGCCAAGGCUGACCCCUCCAGAGUGCAAAUCUGCGACAUCUCAGAGACAUUUGAGGACCCAUUGGCGAGAGCGGUGCGUCGCAGACUGAAGAAAUUGGGAGUUGAUACAGGAAUCGAUGUUGUCUUUUCGUCCGAGAAGCCCUACCAGGCCGUACCACAACCAAACAGCAACAUCAGCACAUCACAGCAUCACAGCGACGACGAGAAGAACGGAUACUCCCCACUCCCCAACUUCCCUUCAGGAUCAGCUCUGCCAGUGUUUGGACCCCUGCCCGCGAUGUUUGGAAUGUCCAUGGCAACAUUCAUCACCUGCAAGAUCGCCGGCUGGCCAAUGGACCCUCUCCCUAACAAAAACCGUACCGAGCUGUACCAGAGACUGCACCGUGAUUUGAAGAUCCAGGAAGAAGAACUCGCUGCAAAACAAGGAAAGACGGCGACAGAUAUCCCAUUGGACCGCCGGGAUGUUGGAUAUGUUAUCGAGGAGAUUUUCAGAGGCGGUAAGAGCGGGCUUUCACAGUGUAUGGAUCGGAUUGCAGUCUGUCGGUGGAAGCGCGAGGAGCCUUUGAGUCUGACCAAUGUGGUGGUGUUAACGCAGAGGGAGAUGGAGAGACAUAUGGCGUUGCCUGUUGGUGCGGAUUUGGAGAAGGUUUACGGGAAGGAGGCUGUUGCGUUUGUUGAAGGGCUUUUUAGAGAGGAGGAACAAAUCUGUCGCCUUCGCUGA